GCAGUGGAUGUUGGCUUCAUCGACUUUUAGUAUGAAUAUACAAUAGGCCGUGUCUAUUCUAUAACUGGUCUAAGGUUUCUGUUUCUAUAUUCAAAACAAAAUCAAAAGCCAACCCACCACUUGACACUACUUUUGUUUAUUUUGUUUUUUCUUUUUCAUUAUCUCUGUGCACUGUUUACUCAAGUAUUUUCCAAUACCAUCAAAAAUCUUGAACGUUUUAAGCAUUAGUCCUGUUAUUAAUUCAGUUGAGUGUUGCACUGCGGCAUUUGAGGUAUCCUAACUUGUUUUUGGUACUGAAUCAGACCGCUCUAAUUAGAAAUGUCUGGAUAUAAGCUGACUUACUUUCCUGUCACCGCGCUGGGAGAACCAAUUAGAUGGAUGAUGUCUUACCUGGAUAUCAAAUUCGAGGAUUACAGAUUUGAAAGGGAGCAAUGGCCUUCAAUAAAGCCAACAACUCCAUUUGGACAAGUGCCUGUCUUGGAAAUCGAUGGAAAGUCAGUGUGGCAAUCAGUUGCCAUUUCCAGAUACUUUGGAAAGAAGGCUGAUCUCGCUGGAAAGGAUGAAUGGGAAAGUUUGAUGAUUGACGUAAUAGUGGAUACCUUCACAGAUUUCCGCUUAGCCGUUGGAAAGUGGUUUUAUGAGAGCGAUGAAGCCACCAAGAAGAAGCUCGAGAAACCUCUUUUAGAAACGACUGUGCCUUUCUAUUUGGAAAAAUUCGAUUCCACAAUUAAGGAGAAUGGUGGUUUCUUGGCUAAUGGAAAACUUUCCUGGGGUGACAUAUACUUUGUAGCUACCAGUGGUUACAUCAAUCAUAUGUUAGGAUUCAACAUGUCCGAUAAAUAUGAAAACAUCAAGGCUCUGUGUGAGAAAGUUGCUGCCAUCCCGAAGAUCAAAGAAUGGAUUGACAAGCGACCGGCUGGAAUCUAAAUUCAUUUCAAUUUGUUGAAUCAGUCUUUUUGUUGAAAAGACUCCCUGGUAUAAGUGAUAAAGUUCCUUUCUAGGACACUGUACACAUGAAGUCUGGAUUCUCUUCCAAAUUAUUUUUCUUAUUCAUCAACAUAAAGAUUCUGUAUUAUACACCACAGAUUUCACAUUUUUGCCCCAGCAUUAUUAUUUUACUAUAGUAUUAUUAGAAAAUUCAAUAUUUUUAUUAAAAAGCAUAUACUUUUAAGUAUUCUGACUUCAAUUGCAAUCACUUCCUCUCAUCCUGGUAAUUAUUUUAAAAAUUGUAAGCUUUUCUUAUUAGAAAGAGACAGCAGCUUUUAAAGUGUAAUCAAUUUAUAUAACACUUUUCAUAUUGCACAGAACAUUUUCUAUGAUGGCAUUUUAUUAAACAAAAGAGAUUGCGA